CUAGACGAGAUUUUCCUCAAGGCAUACACGCACAAAGAGAAAUAUUUUCCAAUAUUUUAAAAAAAGCUCGAUCGUGCAAUGUAGAAAGAUUUGACAUAUUUAUAAAAUUUUUUAAUUUGAUAUGAUGAAGACGAUCGCUCGGACAUAAUAGCGAGCAUUGGACGCGUAAAUUUACAGAUCUGAAGAUAAAGCGACUCAAAAAAUUGCAGAUAUCUUUUUAUUAUUCGGAGCAAUCUAGUGAAUAUCGAAAACAUCGCUUGAAACAAUAAAACCGCUGGUUGUAGAUUUGACGUGUAUAUUCUUUAAAGAUCGAAGAAGACAUUAUACAAACAGAUAGUUUAGAAAGUAAACAAUUCAACAAAAUAAAAUUAAAUAGAAGAAGACAUCAUGAACACGGACAUUAAGGACACGAACGAACGAACAAACACUAAUAACGUGAAAGAACAAACAGAUGUUAACAAUACGAAUGAAUACAAGAAUAUUAAAAAUACAAACGAGCAUGUUAAUAGUGCGAAUAGACAAACAGAUCUUAACAAUGAGGGUUUGCAUGUAUCAACGUGCAUGGAAACCAAGAUGGAGCCCAACGUCACUGAAGAAAAAAAAUGGGAACGAACAGGCACAAUCUAUCAGAUAUUGAUAGCCAUAUGCGCCAAUAUUGUGGUGUUGGGUCCAGCAAUGGGUUUCGGUUACAGCGCUGUAGCAGAAUCUGCAAUGAGAUCAAAUAAGACUGAUGGUGAUUUACAACUUGAUGCUAAUCAAGCAAAUUGGAUGGCUACUGUAUCGGCAUUGGGUACACCUAUUGGUUGCCUACUCUCGAGUGUCGUGAUGGGACGAGGAAGAAAGACCAGCAUGUUCGUGACAUCACUGAUCUCAAUGGCGGGCUGGGUGAUCAUUUACAUGUCAAACAGUUACGUACAAAUCUUAGUUGGAAGAUCAAUUUCCGGAAUAUCCACUGGCAUGGCGUCGGUCCCGACGACGGUGUAUGCAGCGGAAAUAGCGGGAUCGAAAUGGCGAAGUUCGAUGGUUACAUGGACCAGUAUCUCUAUUGCUCUCGGUGUUCUCAUUGUUUAUAUCUUCGGGUAUAUUUUUCAGGACAAUUGGCGAAUGGUGGCUUUAAUGUGCGCUCUAUUUCCAUUGUGCGCGAUCGCCCUCAUUUUACUCGUGAUACCCGAGAGUCCUUUGUGGUUGAGGGAUCGAAAUCGGCCCGAUGAAGCGCUGGAGAUCAUGAAAAAGUUUCGCGGAAUACCAAAGGAUCAGCCAGCACCGGCGGAAGUCUUGUUUGAACUAAAACCGCGUCCGCAGAAGAAGAAUCAGAACACGCUGAAACAUUUGAUGAAAAGGAGCUCUCUAGUACCAUUCGGCGUAAUGCUCAGCUUCUUCUUUUUCCAACAAUUCUCCGGGAUCUUCGUUGUCAUAUACAACGCAGUUGGAAUCAUGGCUAAAUCUGGUGUUAAAGUAGAUCCUUUCCUUGGAGCAGUAUUGAUAGGUAUCGCUCGUUUUAUAGCCAGCUUCUUAAUGGCCGGUGUGUCCCGAAAAUUCGGUCGACGAAUACCGUCGAUGAUUUCCGGCAUUGGGAUGACGAUCUUCAUGGGAGGCUUGUCACUAUAUCUGUUCUUAGCUGAAAAGGGAACCGUCAUGGCGGACAAUGGGGUAAUCCCGGUGAUUUGCAUGGUGAUGUACAUAUUCACAAGCACUUUGGGUUUCCUGGUGAUACCGUUCGCAAUGAUAGGCGAAGUGUUUCCGUCCAAGGUUAAAGAUAUAUUGUCCGGCAUGACGGCCGCCAUAGGUUAUCUCUUCAGUGCGAUAACCGUUAAGACGUAUCCAGAUAUGGCAAAGCUGAUGAACAUGUAUGGCGUGUUCCUUUUUUACGCGAUCAUGUCUUUAAUCGGCGCAAUAUUCAUCUUAUUAUUCUUACCUGAGACAAAGGGAAAGACUCUACGCGAGAUCGAGGACAUGUUCUCGACGAAAAAAAAGGCCUUCGAAUUGUAAUCCAUGGAAGGGAUAGUCGAAGAAGUAUUAAGUUAUUCCGACGGUCAUUACGUCGGUCUUCUAAGAAAUUGAGAAUUUAUUGCUUAUGUUAGUA